ACUCACCUGCUCGGAGGGGGAGGAUCACCUGCACUCACAUGAAUAAGAAGCUAAAAACCUUCCUCUGAUUGAAAACGCUCACUCUCAGUUUCACAAACACACAAAGACCUUGACACAAGGAGAGGAGGCAGGAACAGAAGAAAAAAAAACAAUGGUUGUAUUACCACUCCUGGUCCUGUUGGGGUCGCUGAUUCUCUGCGGUCGCGCGGAGGCCGAUCCCUCCAUCAUUGACACAAUGAAAGCGGCUGCACUGCAGUACGCCGGAAGUCUGCCCUGCGACAAGUGGGAUUGCGACUGCGUGUUCAAUCGCCAGCGCGGCUGCUGCUGCGGCGCCAACGACUUCUUCAAGCUGGAGGACGACACCUUCGCCAGGAUCACACGCCUGUGGCGCGACAUCAGCGCGCUGAACGGCCGCGUGCAGGCUCUCUCAGACGGCCUCAAGGUCGCCUUCAAAGCCACUAUGGACUCAAAUAUUGCCACUCUGAUUCCUGGGACUACUGAACGUUGCUUUGGUCCUUUCAAUACCAAUGUGCCGAUGCCCUACGCAAUCGUCACCCUCAAUGAUGGCAUGGGAUAUAACCCUUUCUUGGGUGUCUUCACUGCCCCCCGCGCUGGCGUCUAUGUCUUCGCCUUCACAGUCUACUCGUCUGUGUCCGCGCGCCUCUACCACAAGGUCCAGCUGAUCUGGAACGGGACGCCGACGGCCGGUGCGUUCGAGAACAACCGAGAGGACAACGAAGACAGCGCGACUCAGCUCGUGGUGCUGCAGUUGCAGAAGGGCGACCAGGUCUACGUGCAGCUGACGUCCGGGAGGAAGCUCUGUGAUUACCUGGCGUACAAUAUCUUCACCGGUUACAUGUUGUACCCUCUGUGAUGAGUAAUAAACCGGCUGCAGGUC